AUGUCAGCAAAUGAAGAUGAAAUUGUACGUGAAAUUGUAGAAAUUCAUUUAAACAAAGGACUUAAAAAUGUUAAUUUCACAUCGAAUGCAUUCAUAAUUUAUCGCCUUUGUUAUCAAAAAAAUUGUGCACUCCAAAAUCCUAACCUUUCAAGGAACUAUUUAUCAGAAUUAGCAAGUGAAUCAUGGAAAAAUGAAUCGAACGAAAUCAAAGACAGUUAUAAACGUAUGGCAAAAAAAGUAAAAAGAGAGUUUAGAAAAAAAGUUACUUCUCUGUGUUUUAUUCACAGCAAUCUGGCUGGUACGAAUGAUGAAACAAACCCUCCUGUGGACCUAAAUCCAAACACUAGUCGCCAUAAUAAUCAGGACUCUUCAAUGGUCCAAAAUUCUCCGAAUAUAGGCCAAACCACUUCGAACUUUAAUCCUACAAACUCCAAUGGCUUCGAUAUGAAUCAAGGAAUUUCCUUCGAUAUGAUUGAAGACACUUACAACUACAACUACCACCCCCUUAACUCACCAGAAAUUUUCAACGAAGGCACUCCUUUCUAUAACGGUGAUGUUUAUUACUCUGUGAAUAUGGUCUACUCUCCAGAUUAUAAAGAAAAAUAA